AUGCAAUUCUCCGCCCUCCUCGCCACCAUCGCCGGCCUCGCCGUCGGCGUCAGCUCCGCAGCUCUCAAUGUUCGCGGCGAAGACGUCGGCUGCGUCGGCGCCUGUCGUCACGACUACGUUUGCAUCUCCCAGUGCUUCGACAAGCGCGGCCUCGAAACCCGCCGGUCGGCUGCGCAGCAGUGCGUCUUUGGAUGCGCCAAGGAUGACUAUGGCUGCUACGCCAACUGCUUCAACGAGCGUGAUGAGAGGACCGCCUGA